CCUGCUGUGCUCCCCACAUUGUAUCACCAGAAGCUUCACAUUUCCUCUCGUUUGCUUAAUCCAACUAUACGAUCCAAGAUGCCCAUCUCUCCACCGCUCAGCGUUGGUUGGGGAUAUGGCAUUGUUCUUGGUCUGGGUGCUGUUUUUGCCUUUGGCAUGAUCCUUGUUACCUGGGUCCUUAAAAGAUACAACAAUGAACUCCAAACUUCCGAGAUGUUCAGUACAGCUGGAAGAACAGUAAAGUCUGGGUUGGUGGCAUCUGCAGUCGUCUCCUCAUGGACUUGGGCAGCUACUCUUCUGCAAAGCUCUGGGAUUGCAUAUAGGUAUGGAGUGUCUGGGCCCUUCUGGUACGCCAGUGGAGCUACCGUACAAAUUUUGCUUUUCGCAACCAUUGCCAUUGAGUUGAAGAGAAGAGCUCCAAAUGCUCAUACAUUCCUCGAGGUCAUCAGAGCUAGAUAUGGCACAUACGCACAUAUCACCUUCACCGUGUUUGGCUUGAUGACCAACAUUCUCGUCACUGCUAUGUUGUUGACAGGAGGCUCUGCAGUCGUGUCAUCCUUGACGGGCAUGCCAACACCAGCAGCUUGCUUCCUGCUUCCAUUGGGUGUUGUGAUGUAUACCAUGUUUGGAGGCAUCAAGGCCACAUUCUUGACUGAUUGGGUCCACACUUUUAUCCUCCUGAUCAUCAUCAUAAUUUUCUCCUUCACUACCUACGCUACAAGCCCACUCCUCGGCUCACCUGGCAAGGUUUUCGAUCUCUUGGUCCAGGCUGCAACUGAUCACCCAGUGCCAUCUUCUUCGUCAUCAACAUCCGUGUUCCUGGACAAUGGUUACUACAACAAAGCUAUUGCUGCUUCCCCAGUUCAUGCCCUACCUGGUUACAUCAUGGGUGGGAUCUCAUGGUUCGCCAUCCCCUGGCUGAUGGCUACGACCUGCGGUCUCGCUGCUUUGGCUCUCGAAGGAAACCCGGCUUUUCCUACCUAUCCCAACCGAAUGUUAGAGGCCGACGUCUCAGCUGGUCUUGUUGUUCCUUAUGCAGCUGUGGCACUUCUUGGGGGUGGCGGUGCGGUUGCUGUGCUUCUCAUUGUAUUUAUGGCUGUCACAUCUGCUAGUUCUGCUGAGCUGAUCGCUGUCUCAUCCAUCUUCACUUAUGAUAUCUACCAGACCUAUUUCAACCCGGCCGCUAGUGGUAAAAAGUUGAUUUAUAUGUCACAUGCAAUGGUUAUUAGUUUCGGAUUAUUUAUGGCAGCUUUCUCAACAGGCCUCUACUACGCGGGUAUCUCUAUGGGAUAUCUCUAUGUAAUGAUGGGCGUCAUAAUCUCAUCCGCUGUCAUCCCCGCCACCUUGACCAUUAUGUGGGCUGGUCACAACGCAUGGGCCGCAACACUGACCCCUCCCCUGGGACUUGGCUGCGCCCUAAUCGCAUGGCUCGUUACGGCCAAGAAGACCUGCGGCUCCCUGACCGUCGAAUGUACUGGUAGCAACAACCCCAUGCUAGCAGGCAAUGUCAUGGCUCUCCUAUCUCCUCUGAUCUUCACACCGCUCUUCACGCUCAUCUUCGGAGUCGCGCACUACGACUGGGCAUCCAUGAUGGCUAUCCGCAAGGGCGACGACCACGAUCUGGCUGCUUCAGCGCACAUGGACCUAGAACUUGUGCCGGGAGAGACAAGCCACAGCGCGAAUGAAGAAGCGGUCGAACAAAGCAAGCUCUUGCGCGCUUCCAACAUUGCGAAGAUCACGACUGUCGUGCUUACGUUGGCUCUUCUUAUCCUGUGGCCAAUGCCCAUGUACGGUACCGGCUACAUUUUCUCCAAAGGCUUCUUCACGGGCUGGGUUGUCGUUGGAAUAAUCUGGAUCUUCGGAAGCCUUCUGUGCGUGGGCGUUUACCCUGUGUUUGAAGGCCGCAAGGAUUUGUGGUUUACGAUGAAGGCUAUUUAUCUCGAUAUCACGGGCAAGAAGCACCCGAGUUCGUAUCACACUUCUGAAGCUACGUAUGUUGAGGGCAAGGAUGCGAAAGGGGAUGGCGGCGUUGAUACGCCGCCUAGCAAGGAGGCUACUAUUGAUGAAGAGAAAAUUGCUUCGCAGUAG